GGUCUCAACAUUUACCUUUGUUAAAGUUUUUGAGCUGUUUUGGUCCUAGUAGGAAGAGAAAUGGCUAAUUCAUGGGAUCAGUUAGGAGAAAUUGCGUCAGUGGCUCAGCUUACAGGCAUAGACGCUUUGAAACUGAUUGGAAUGAUAGUAAACGCUGCGAAUACAGCUCGAAUGCACAAGAAGAAUUGUCGUCAAUUCGCUCACCAUCUUAAGCUCAUCCGUAAUUUGCUAGAGCAGAUAAAAAACUCUGAGAUGAAUCAACGUUCAGAGAUUCUUGAGCCGCUUCAAGGACUUGAUGAUGCUCUUAGAAGAUCUUACAUUUUAGUCAAAAGUUGUCAAGAAAAGAGUUAUCUUUACUUGUUGGCUAUGGGAUGGAACAUUGUUAACCAGUUUGAAAAAGCUCAGACCGAGAUUGAUCUGUUUCUUAAGAUCGUUCCACUCAUAAAUAUGGCGGAUAAUGCUCGGAUUCGGGAGAGGUUAGAAGCUAUUGAACGUGAUCAGCGCGAGUACACUCUUGAUGAAGAGGAUAAAAAGGUGCAAGAUGUUAUUUUGAAACAAGAAUCUACUAGAGAAGCAGCUACAUCGGUUUUAAAGAAGACGCUUUCUCGAUCCUACCCGAACAUGGGGUUCUGCGAAGCGCUUAAAACAGAGGAGGAGAAACUGCAACUUGAGUUACAUCGUUCGCGGGCGCGGUAUGAUGCAGAUCAAUGUGAAGUUAUACAACGUCUGAUUGAUGUUACACAAACUGCUGCUUCUUCUGUUGAACCUGAUCUUGAAAAGGUUUUGACUAAGAAAGAAGAGCUUACCUAUAGCAAGAAGAAAGAUGAUUUGUAUGACACGGAUAGCGAUAUUCAAACAACUUCAAGAUCAACGUCUUAUGUUUCAUCCGGACAUGAACUACUUUCGGGAAGAUCAUCGCAACACCAUGAAAAUUGGCACGCAGACUUGCUGGAUUGUUGUUCAGAACCUUGUCUAUGCUUGAAGACACUCUUUUUCCCGUGUGGUACAUUGGCAAAGAUUUCCACUGUGGCAACUAACAGGAAAAUCUCUUCAACUGAAGCGUGUAAGAACCUAAUGGUGUAUUCUUUGAUACUCUCAUGCUGUUGCUAUACUUGCUGCAUAAGGAAGAAGCUUCGAAAGACACUGAACAUAACGGGAGGGUGCAUUGACGACUUUUUGUCACAUCUAAUGUGUUGUUGUUGUGCACUUGUCCAAGAACUGAGAGAAGUCGAGAUUCAUCGAGCUUCUUACGGUACAGAGAAGAGUAAUAAGGAAAUGAGUCCACCAACACCUCAGUUCAUGGAAGAAUGAGACUUGUCCAACACGAAACAAAAUUAUGAUGAAAUGAAUCUUCUAAUUUCAU